CCCUCGCGAGCCCGGCGUGCUCCCGGCGCUUCCCCGCGGAGUUCCCCGGAUGCGGCCAGACUCCUAAUGCGGUGGAAAGAUCGGUAAACUGCGGAGGCCAUGUGAGGGCCGGUGCAGCCAAAUGUAAAAUAUGCAAGCGCUCGACCCGGAGUCAGCCCUGGGAACCGUCUAGAAGAAACGUGCACACAUGUGACUCGGGGGGCACACAGAGGUUUGUAACAGGAAGCUUGGAGUGCCCAGAUGACCACCCACAGGAAGUGGGUGCAGAUAUUAGCUCGGGCACACCCUCUAGAGGGGUCUCGCUGGCCACUCCUCCUCCUCACUCCUGCUGGACCUCUGGAUAUCCUUGUGUACGGCUUGGUCGUCAGCCCUUUUUGCUCUGUGUGGACAAUGUCCAAUCCGGUAGCCACCAGCUCCUCUGAGCGCUGGCCGUGGAAAGCACCGUGACUAUCAAAUGCACACCAAAUCUCAGAGCCAGGCCAGAAACCCCGGCCAGCUCACCCCUGGGCUCCCACAUUUUGCUCCAGCCGGCUAAGUGAACACCCUGAGCCAGCACCAGGCGCAUCUCCAGCAUCCCAGCCCCCUGCUCCAUUCCCAGGACUUCCCACUGUCCAGGUGUGAGUGGGCCGAGGCCCUGGGUCUGUGGGCCUCCUGUCAGCCUAGGCCCACUAUUCCGGCUUUGGCUUCAAGCCAGGAGGCCAAGAAGGCAGUGACCUCUGUGGUCGCUCUGAGCACGCAUGGCAAUUCUGGUGGCCGGCCUGCCCACUCCCUCCUCUGGUCUCCAGACUCACAGGGGCCUCUACUUGGUAGGACGUGAAUUUGGAAGCCCCUGUGACCCUGCCCUGGGAGCUAGACAGGUGGCACAGUAUGGUGACAAGGCAAUUGGGAUGUUGCUAUAGUGACAGGGAUGGAGGCCUUUUGCCAUCAGCCCCAGUUUUCUGCAUGGCAGCUCUAAUGACAGCACGACCAGCCCUGCUGAGGCUAGAGGCCCGGCUCCUGGUUGCCAUGGCAGUGCAGCCCUCUCGGGAGCACUCCCCUCCGCACACCUGGUCAGAGCAGGAAGUACUGGGCGGUGACUGAGCUACGGGAAGCAGGCUGAGAUGUGAGAGAACCAGUCACCUGCAGCCUAAUUACUCAAACGCUGUCCCCAGCCACAGGACUGAGGGGAGCUUUUCUGCUGAGUCUGUCUAGAGGCCUGCACACCAGCACAGCUCAGUACAGCCUGGAGAGAAAGCUGACCAGCACUGGCCAGCCCCGGAGCCCAGCAAUGGCCCUACCCCAGCCACUUCCGGCCUGACAAGACCUUGGUGGGCACGGGUCCCAGGUGUGGCCCAGGAGACAAGGCUCACCGGCUUGCUAGGAACAAUGAAAAGGAAGAAAGUGUAAUUGAACCUCCAGUCAGAAAGCAGCCAAAGGUAGACUGUAUUCUCCUAGACACCCUGGCCGGCGUGACCCUUGAUCGGGAGAAGCCUGGGGUCAUUUCUGCUUCGGAAACCUGUGGGGAAACACUGAGGGGUCCCAGCUCACGGGAGCUGGCUGCUGUGCCAAUGCCGGAUGACAGAGCCAGGAUGGAGAACACCAAGAAGGAAAAGGUCGAGCAGAUCCUGGCGGAGUUCAGGCUGCAGGAGGAGGAUCUGAAGAAGGUGAUGAGGCGGAUGCAGAAGGAGAUGGACCGAGGCCUGAGGCUGGCGACUCACAAAGAGGCCAGCGUGAAGAUGCUGCCCACCUAUGUGCGCUCCACUCCUGAAGGCUCAGAAGUUGGGGACUUCCUCUCCCUGGACCUGGGUGGCACCAACUUCAGGGUGAUGCUGGUGAAGGUGGGAGAGGGUGAGGCAGGGCAGUGGAGCCUGAACACCAAGCACCAGAUGUACUCCAUCCCCGAGGACGCCAUGACGGGCACUGCUGAGAUGCUCUUCGACUAUGUCUCCGAGUGCAUCUCCGACUUCCUGGACAAGCACCAGAUGAAGCACAAGAAGCUGCCCUUGGGUUUCACCUUCUCCUUCCCCGUGCGGCACGAGGACAUCGACAAGGGCAUCCUUCUCAACUGGACCAAGGGCUUCAAGGCUUCCGGGGCAGAAGGGAACAACGUCGUGGGGCUCCUGCGAGACGCCAUCAAGCGGAGAGGGGACUUUGAGAUGGACGUGGUGGCCAUGGUGAACGAUACCGUGGCCACAAUGAUCUCCUGCUACUAUGAAGACCGCCAGUGUGAGGUCGGCAUGAUAGUGGGCACGGGCUGCAACGCCUGCUACAUGGAGGAGAUGCACAACGUGGAGCUGGUGGACGGGGACGAGGGCCGCAUGUGCGUCAACACCGAGUGGGGGGCCUUCGGGGACGCAGGCGAGCUGGACGAGUUCCUGCUGGAGUACGACCGGAUGGUGGACGAGAGCUCGCUGAACCCGGGCCAGCAGCUGUAAGCAGCGGCACAGGGAGGCCAGCACCACGGCAAGCUGGUGCGGCUCGUGCUGCUGAAGCUGGUGGACGAGGACCUGCUCUUCCACGGCGAGGCCUCGGAGCAGCUGCGCACGCGCGGCGCCUUCGAGACCCGCUUCGUGUCGCAGGUGGAGAGCGACUCGGGCGACCGCAAGCAGAUCUACAACAUCCUGAGCACACUGGGGCUGAGGCCCUCGGCCACCGACUGCGACAUCGUGCGCCGAGCCUGCGAGAGUGUGUCCACGCGCGCCGCGCACAUGUGCGGCGCGGGGCUGGCGGGCGUCAUCAACCGCAUGCGCGAGAGCCGCAGCGAGGACGUGAUGCGCAUCACCGUGGGCGUGGACGGCUCGGUGUACAAGUUGCACCCCAGCUUCAAGGAGCGGUUCCAUGCCAUCGUGCGCAGGCUGACCCCCAGCUGCGAGAUCACCUUCAUCCAGUCGGAGGAGGGCAGUGGCCGGGGCGCAGCUCUUGUCUCCGCCGUCGCCUGUAAGAAGGCCUGCAUGUUGGGCCAGUGACCGCAGCGGCUGAGAGGCGAGGAGGCCGUGGCCAUCGCUGGACCUGGGCGCCAGGGGACAGGGCUCCCCAUAGGUGCACCAACCUGCUGGCCUCCCAUCCCCGCUGCCACCCAGAGGUGGGAAAAGGCCCACAGGGGAAUACAGUGCACCACAGGCCAGGUCUCCCUAGUCAGUGGGUGGGACAGCUCAGGGCCCUGACUGGGUUGGAGGCUGAAGUGAGUGGGAGUGGAGACCCCACAUCUUUCGCUUUCUGCGGGAGCCAACGCCUGGUGGGGAGCUGCUCCUUGAGACUUUCUGGCAUCUCUGCACAGCCGCGUCUUAGAGCUUUCGGCCUGGUUCAAACAUGCCUGGGCCCACUUGGGACGGGGUGUCCUGUGGACCCUGCUGUGGCCUGGUUUCCCUGGGGACUCACUCGAAGGCAGCCCCAGCAACCAGGCCAGAUCUUAGCCUGGGCUCCACAGGGGGCUGGCGACCACCCAAGACUGGGGGUCGGGGAGUAGAGUGGGAGGUGACCAGCUCUAGGGUGGAGGCUGUGCUACUGGAGGCCUGAAGGUGGCUGCCAUCCCUGACCAGUUUGUGGUGCUGGGGUGGACCCCAAAGCCACUACCCCAGGGGCCAGGAAGAGGAGGAUGCCCACGGGGCUGUCACACACUGGCCCAGCAGCACUCGGCACACCGCAAGGGACCACCCAGGCCUCUCUCUUUUCUCCAGACCCACAUAUGCCACACCAGCCA